UUCUUUAUAUUCUCUCCUUCCCAUUCCCUGCCAUGAGCAAUCAGAGCCAUAUACUUCCUGUUUCCGACCUCCUCCUUUUGUCUACAUCUCCCACUCAGGGAAGAUAGACAGAAGAAGAUGUCGAGGGCACCUUUUCCGGAGUUGUCGAGCUCGGUUAGGCUCAAGUAUGUUAAGCUUGGCUACCAGUGCCUUGUGAACAACUUCGUGGCCUUCUUGUUGAUCCCGGUGAUGAUAGCCGUGCCUUUGGUGCUGGUCCGGCGCGGGCCGGACGAGAUCAUGGCCUUAUGGCACUCCUUGCAGCUCGAUCUCACCCAGGUCCUCUUUUCUGUCUUCCUUUUGGUCUUCGUCGCCGCUGUCUACUUCGUGUCUCGUCCUCGGCCGGUGUACUUGGUGGACUACGCUUGCUUCAAGCCGCCGACCAUCUGCCGCGUGCCUUUCGCUACGUUCAUGGAGCACGCGUGGCUCAUCAACUGGGACGAGAAGAGCGUCCAGUUCCAGACGCGCAUCCUGGAGCGCUCCGGCCUCGGCGAGGAGACCUGCCUCCCCCCGGCCAGCCACUACAUACCCCCCAAUCCCACUAUGGAGGCUUCCCGUGCCGAGGCCCAGCUCGUCAUCUUCUCCGCCAUUGACGACCUCCUCAAGAAGACCGGCCUGCGGCCCAAGAACAUCGAUAUCCUCGUAGUCAACUGCAGCCUCUUCUCGCCGACGCCAUCGCUCUCCUCGAUGAUCAUUAACAAGUACGAGCUCCGCAGCAACAUCCGCAGCUUUAAUCUCUCCGGCAUGGGCUGCAGCGCCGGGCUCAUCUCUAUCGACCUGGCCCGCGAUCUGCUUCAGGUGCACCCGAGGUCCAACGCGCUCGUCAUCUCCACCGAGAUCAUCACCCCCAACUCAUACACCGGCAACCAGCGGUCGAUGCUUCUUCCCAACUGCCUCUUCCGCAUGGGAGCCGCCGCGAUCCUCCUAUCGAACCGCCGCCGAGACGCCCGCCGCGCCAAGUACCGCCUCCUGCACGUGGUCCGCACGCACAAGGGCGCCGACGACCGCGCCUACCGCUGUGUCUACCAGGAGGAAGACGCCGAGGGCCACACGGGCAUCUCCCUCUCCAAGAACCUCAUGGCUAUCGCCGGGGAGGCGCUCAAAUCGAAUAUCACCACCAUCGGCCCGCUGGUGCUCCCCAUGUCGGAGCAGCUCCUCUUCUUCCUCACGCUGGUGGGCCGGAAGCUCAUCAACCACAAGUGGAAGCCGUACGUCCCCGACUUCAAGCUGGCGUUCGAGCACUUCUGCAUCCACGCCGGAGGGCGGGCGGUGAUCGACGAGCUGCAGAACAACCUGCAGCUGACGGCGGAGCACGUGGAGGCGUCGCGCAUGACGUUGCACCGCUUCGGCAACACCUCCAGCAGCUCCCUCUGGUACGAGCUCAGCUACAUUGAAUCCAAGGGGCGGAUGCGGCGCGGCCACCGGGUGUGGCAAAUCGGCUUCGGCAGCGGGUUCAAGUGCAAUAGCGCGGUGUGGAAAUGCCUGCGCACCGUCGAGACCCUGGUCGAUGGCCCCUGGGCCGACUGCAUCAACCGUUACCCUGUUGACAUCCCGGAUUUCGUCAAGCCAUGAGGUCAUCGUCACUCCACGGUUGACGAGAGUCAAAUAUAUCAAACUUGUGGGUCUCAAAUAAUCAUUGUGAUCAUUAUGAUAGACGUAAAUAUAAAAAUGAUGAUAUUAUAUUUCUUAUA